AAAUCCAAACACGAACAAACGUCAUCCACCCAAAAUCUGAAACCAACACAAACCCGGAACACACAGCGAGCACAGCGAGCAAUCCGAAGAAUUUGCUAUGUAUUGUCCUCUCUUUGUCAUGAUUCACAGAUUCUGAAGGCCGUUUGAUCUCUUAGUUAUGGAGACCAUUCUCUCUCCUCGUUCACUCUCUCCACUCAUCACUCCCAAACCAGGCUUUUCUUCGAAAUCUCCCCAACCCAGAUCAAGCACUCUCUUUUGCACCAAACCCAUCUCUUGCAUCCUCAAAAGACACCAUAUUGAGUCAAAAAACCCAUCAUUCAGUGAGACCAGGAGCUGGUUCUCUCAUGCUCAACAAGGACUAGCAGCUCUAGCUCUCACUCUGGCACUCAACUUUUGCCCUGUAUCUUUAGGCAGUCCUGCAUUGGCUUCUGAGUUCGAUGUAAUCAGCGAGGGACCACCAAAGGAGUCUUAUGUCGUUGAUGAUGCUGGAGUUCUCAGCCGGGUCACAAAGUCUGACUUGAAACGGUUGUUGUCUGAUGUGGAGUCGAGGAAGAACCUCAGAAUCAAUUUCGUCACUGUCCGAAAGCUGACUAGUAAAGCUGAUGCUUUCGAGUAUGCUGAUCAAGUUUUGGAGAAGUGGUAUCCAACAGUGGAAGAGGGCAACAACAAGGGCAUUGUUGUUCUUAUCACAAGUCAAAAGGAAGGAGCAAUCACAGGAGGCCCUGAGUUCAUCAAGGCUGUCGGAGAUAAUAUCCUCGAUGCAACCGUCUCAGAAAAUCUUCCAGUAUUGGCAACAGAAGAGAAGUACAAUGAAGCAGUUUUUAGCAGUGCCAAACGGCUAGUCGCUGCCAUUGAUGGGCUCCCGGAUCCGGGCGGGCCUGCAACCAAGGACAAUAAGAGAGAAUCCAAUUUCAAGACCAGGGAAGAAACUGAGGAGAAAAGGGGGCAAUUUAGUCUUGUAGUUGGUGGUUUGUUGGUAAUUGCAUUUGUCGUCCCGAUGGCACAAUAUUAUGCUUAUGUCUCCAAAAAAUGAGCAAAUGUAUAUCUUUAUUUGCUAAUACUUCUCCGAAUUUCUCCUGCACUGAUUUAGAAGGAGCAUGUUCAACAACCACGGUUCUGAAUACUAUAGAUAAAUGUUUGAGAAGCUUGCACAU